CGCUACCAUUUUCGUCUUAUCGCUAUAGCCAUGUGUUCCUCAAAUAUACUCUACCGAUAAUUUGUUUGCUAACCCUACAAUAUUAGUCAUCUCAAUGUACAAUCAUUAUCAGUUUAAUGUGGUCGGUCGUGUAGUGCGGAUGUUUUUGAUCUACCGAGUGCAAAAUGGAAAAAUGUAUUUUGCUGUUACUACUUACAAUAUUUCCACAAUUUGGGAACAGUCAACUAAUUGGUCUAACAGAUGCAGGAAGCAAUGGCUGCCAAAUGAUAUACAAAACAGAGAUGUCAAGUCCUUGUGUCGCCCACAUUAAAUGUAUAUCAAAUAUGGGCAACUUUCAAAACCUAAUAUCCAACUGGGAAUGUAUCAACAGACGUCAGCCAUAUUACGGAUAUGAUUACAAUAGACGAAGGUUUACAACUGAAUACAACUUGCAUGUAUUUUCGUGAAUAUACCAGACGAUGAGGCUUGGAAUACGUUAGAGUUGUAUGCAACUCACAUACAGUACGUUAGCAUAAAUGGGGGAAAUUUAAUAUCUAUGCCAAAGGUCAUAACUAACAUGAUCAACUUAAAACAAUUAGAAUUGAUAAACAAUGGAUUUGAAUCACUUAUUCUCUAUAAUUUUAUGAAUCAGCAAGGGAUGGUUAAGAUGAACCUAUCCCACAAUGCCAUCACGACUGUGGACCUGAACGACGUGGACCCAUCGGAGAGAAGAGUGGACGCGUUGACUACAUUAGACCUCAGCUACAAUCUAAUUGAGGUAUUACCUGCAAAAUGUUUUGCCGGUUUUCCAAAUCUUGAUAACCUAGACUUAUCGCACAACAAUUUAAAAACUAUGGAUCUAUUUACUUUUGAAGGUAUAGCGCAUUUAAGUACAUUAUAUUUAUCACAUAACAAACUGACUACAAUAGGUCACUCCUUUGUCCGAUUCGGCAAUUUGAAGUAUUUGGCAAUUGAUCAUAAUGAUAUCACAGACUUGCUCCAAACGAACUUAAUAUCCAUGGUGAAGUUAGAAAAUUUAAACAUAAGUUACAAUAAAAUCGAAAAUAUUGAAAAUGACGCCUUCAAAAGUCUAGCUAAUCUUGAAAGCUUAGAUAUCACUCACAAUCGUAUCAAAAUUGUAAAAGAAUCAUUGUUUAAAAAUGCAACAAAUUUAGGGACCCUUUUACUAGCUGCAAAUGAAAUAGAAAGUAUAGAAGCUGAAGCUUUUGUUGGGACCAAUAUUACUAAUUUUAGUAUAGAGAAUAAUUGCAUGAGUGGAACUAUUGUGAAAGAUACAUUUUCUGGUGUGAAAUUGCAAACAUUAGCUCUGAGCGGAGGCAAAAUAGUAGGCUUAGGGGACAGCGCGUUUAGCGCCCUCAGUGAAAAUCUUGUUACCCUAAAUUUAAGCAAAAACUCAAUAAACACUAUAUCCACGUCGGCAUUUAAAUCAUUAAAUGAAUUGUCGGUUUUGGAUUUAUCCAAUAAUAAUAUAUCUGAACUAAAUUUCGAUUCAAGUGAUAUAAAAAAAUUAACCUUGUUUUAUGCUGGGUACAAUAAAAUAACAAAGAUUUAUAAAUCCGUGUUCAGUCAUCUGUCUUCAUUAAUUGAAUUGGAUUUGUCGCAUAAUAUUAUAAAGGUCAUAGAUUUAAAUACGUUCGACUCACUUGGUCAAUUAAAAAAACUGCUUCUGAAUGACAACGACUUAGCAAAUACCAUAGACUCAUAUGCGUUUUCAAAAUUGGCCGCGGUAAAUCGAAUUGAUUUUACUAAUACUAAAAUAGCCACGUAUAGCAAUAGUACGUUUUCUAACAUGACGUUAUUGACAACAUUUAUUUCUUCGUCCGGUCAAUUGACAAAAGUAGAGUAUAAUGCGUUUUUGGGCACAGGUUCCAUCGUAAUUUUGGACUUAUCUUAUAAUUUGCUUGACGAUUUUUUUGUAAAUACCACCACUAUAAACGAAGUGCAAAAAUUACAUUUAAAUAACAACAGAAUAACAAAUAUAACAAACGUAACAUUUUAUGGACUUAAAUCAUUACAAAUGUUGGACUUGUCUUAUAAUAACUUACUUAAUGUAGAAUCAAAUUCUUUUAGAAGUUUAUCAAGUUUGAUACGAUUAGAUUUAUCUUCAAAUCUCGAUAUGUAUUUAACAUCAAACAUUUUCGAUAACCUGACAUGGUUAGAAGACGUUACUUUAAAUAACAUAAGAAAAAAGUUUGACUUCAAAGAUGCGACCAAUACUUCUAUUUCAAAAUUGUUUCUGUCGAAACACCACAUUGACAAUAUAAACGAUGUAUUCGUAUUUCACGUGAAAAAUAUAGAGAAACUUGAUUUGUCGUCGAAUAAAAUUACAUAUGUGGACAAAUUCUCAUUUCAAAUAAUGGGUUCAUUAACCUGGUUGGAUUUGAGUUGCAACAUGAUUACGGAUAUACAACCCGGCUCGUUUUCACACAUGAAUUUGAUCAAUGAAAUUAACUUACACGGCAAUGGAAUACAAUCAUUCCAAUAUGGAGUUCUGGAUGGGCUCAGGAACCUUCGCACACUCAAUCUGUCGAACAAUGCUCUACACAUUUUCGAAGCUACAGUUCUCCACCCAGCUCCACUUCUAGAAUAUUUAUCUCUGGAAAAUAACGCAAUAAAAACGAUAAGUUUCUUGAAGUUGGGUAGAACUAACUUAAAUACAUUGUAUAUUGGUGGUAAUCCUAUACCGUGUAGUAGUUUAGUUGAAUUGAACACUUUACCACGUUUAGUUACUUACAACGUGACAGCAGAGAAUUUAGAUUAUGGUAGUGAAAAUGUACACGGAAUUACUUGCAAAUCAAGUUUUCAAGAUGUCUUUAAAGCUGUAUAUAAUAAUAGUGGUGGUAACCUCACGAUUUUGUUUAGAGAAUUAGCUAAAACUGUUGUAGAUUUACAAGAAACUUUGAAAAACAUCGCCAACAAUACAUUGACAAAGGAAAAUAGUCUUAAAGAUUCUUUGAUUAACGUGGCAAAGUCUGUAGAUUUACUGGCAACAUUGUACAAUAAAUCGCAAAUUGCAAGUGAGAGGAAUUUAAACAAAUUCAUGCGCGUUUUGAAUGAGUCAGAGCAUAAGAAUCGUAGUAACGUUGCAACGAACACCUCGGAGUUGGCUAAUGAAGGAACAGCCCUUUUGAGAGGAUAUUUAAAGGACACUUUUGUAAAUUGGCAACAUGAUAGCAAGCCAGAAGGAGAUGAUUACAAAGAAAUAACAUUUUUAUUAUACGUGAUCGCCAUAUGUUUUGUUUUAACACUUGUGUCGGUUGUUGGCUUCGGUUUAUAUAAGUUUGUUAUUAGCAAGUCUAAAAGGCAUUUAAUGUCACAAAGCACUCAACCUAUUAUAGGAAACGCCAUAGAAAUGGACUGAUAAAAAUAUUGACCGAAGAAUUUUUUGUUGAUUUCGUCAAUACCUAUUAAUACUAUUAUUUUCGCUUUCUAAUUCCAUGUAAUAACUGGUAAUUAUAGAUUUUUUUUCAUAGAAAAGUACAGUAACCUUAAUCCUUUAUUAAAUCUACCAAAUUUCACCAAAAUCUAUCCAGUGAUCCGACGUGAUGUGAGGUAGACGUUUUGCUGCUGGAAGGAUAUAUUUCAUAUUUGCCUGGAUAUCGACCGCAGUACAAAAGGUGUUAAAAUCCGUAAUAGUGGCACACGUAAGUGUGUCGCGUUCCGGAUUAGCUUGUGUAUCCAGUUCCAACAGGCCGGCAUAAUUGUGUCGACUGCCGUGGGGUAAUCAUCUUGCGUCAGUCGACAUUCUAUUGGACCCCACUUCACUUACCAUUAGGUGCAGUAGAAUCACUUCUCCGUGCGAGAAUAAAAAAAUGCCAAAGCCCUUAAAACAGACAUACUUACCUUCGCAUUCAUAUUAUUAUGGUUAAUGAUUAUGGGUGGCAAAGUGAAUCAUAAGAUGUUUAUCCUCACAUGUUUAAAAUGAGUUUAUUUAUCAAAAUUCGGAAGUGGACGAGUUGAUACUCGGAUGAUACAUAAAUAUUGGAAAAUAAUUACGGAACUUUGUACUGAGAUUAGUAAUGUCGGAUCUGUCUCAUUGAACUGUGGAACAUAGCUGUUAUGUAUAAAUUUUACCAAAACAAUAUAUUAUUAUUAAUGAAAAAAAUCAACAUUAAAUAAUUAAAAAGACAAAAAUAAUAUUAAACCCUGAUUUAUAAAUAUUUGUAAAGUCCCAUAUUCAUAAAAAUAUAAAUACGAUCUAUUUAUAAGUUGCAAGUAAAUUCUAUUUGACAGUUAUAGUAUUAAACAGCUAAUGUAUAUAGUACUCAGUUUAUUACCAUUUAUUUGGGACUAUUGAUUAGUGCGUGACUUUUGUAUUUGGUCGACUUAAUCAUUUAUUUAUUUUAUUGCACUUGAUACAUAUUAUUAUAUAAAGGCGGACUUAAUGCAUUCAUUAAAUCCAAAGGUAGAGAUACCAGUUAACCUCAGAUGGUACAGAAAUAAAAACAUAUUUAUGUGCCAAGUAGCAUUUUUAUCGAAAUUCAGCGUUACAGUUAAAAAAGCGGCGAUAGCCUAGUUGGGUGUGGAACGGACUGCCAAGACGAAUGUCCGCAGGUUCAAAUCCCAAGGGCACACACCUCUGACUUUUCUAAAAUCAUGUGUGUAUUCUUUGUGAAUUUAUCGUUCGCUUUAACGGUGAAGGAAAACAUCGUGAGGAAACCUGCACAUCUGAGAAGUUCUCUAUAGGGAAUUUCGAAGGUGUGUGAAGUCUACCAAUCCGCACUAGGCCAGCGUAGUGGACUAAGGCCUAAUCCCUCUCAGUAGUAGAGGAGGCCCGUGCUCAGCAGUGGGCAAGUAUAUAAUACAGGGCUGAUAUUAUUAUUCAGCGUUACAGUUAUCUCAUAUAAUUGUAGUGUCUCGUUGAAUGAGAGGUAACUUUGCUGAUCUUUUUUAUUUUUUAAAUGACGAAGAAAAUAGAGGAGGGUCAUAUACGUAUAUUUUUUGUUCGUUGUUAAAUUAUUGUUUGUUUUUAGAAUUAUGCCAGCAAUCUUUCUUUCUUAAAAGUUGUUAAACAGGCCACAAUGCUCUUUUAAUUUCAGUGCAUACUUAAGUAUACAGUAAAGAUUUCUUAUGUCUACGCGAAUGUUAGACAUUAAAAUAAAAUAUUUUUUUGGGUUUUACCGCGGUUUUUAUAUUAUAAUCUUUAUACAGAUUACAUUAAUUAUUAAUUAUACAAUUAAUUAUUAGUCGUUGUUGACAGUAUCAACUAGCCACCCUUUCAGGUAACCCUUAUUAUACUAUAGCAAGAUGAUUGGGGAUCCAGUCGAUACCACACAUCAUAGGAUUACUCGCUGUUCUAAUCUGAAAAUUUCAUUGAAAUUGCUUCAGCCGUUUUGGAGUGCGUACAUUUUCCACACUCACGCGCACACACAUUCAUACCACUCAUAAACAGCCGUAAUGAUAAGAACGGAAUUUCGUAGAAAUUUAUUUUUAAAUAUGGAAUUGUAAACGUACGUAUCUCAUUUAACUGAAUGGGAGGUCUUCUGUUGCAAUAAUUGAUUUGUGUAAAUAAUAUAGAGUUUUAUGUGUUGUUUCCUGUGAUGAUUGUUGCUUCAAAAAUAAACUUACUGAUUUAUUAUGUUUACGCGAAUGUUGGACAUUAAAAUAAAACUAUUAAGCGGAUUUCAUCGCGGUUUUUUAUAUAAUACGGGGCGGACUCUUCGCGACCAUGAAGGCUACAAAGUCUUUGAAACGUCGGGAGAAAAUUAUAAAAAAAAAAACGCGAUAAAGUGCCUCAUAUAGUUUUAUUUCAAUAAACUUACUCUCUCUUCUUUGUAUUUCGUUAUACAUGUGUUUAAAAACAGUGUUAGAAUUAAGUUUGUUUUAUAAUAUUUAGUUGUUUUUUUAAUAUGUGGCUAAGUGAAACUGUUUACUGUGAUUGUAUAUUUAGUGUUUAAGAGAUUUUCCGAUGGAAUUUAUUAUUUUUAAUAACUAUGUAUACGUAAAAAUGUCGUCUCCAAUAUAAAGUCAGUGCUAUUAAAUUAUCAUGUACAAUACUCAAUAAUUAUCGAAAUUUAUUUUUUUAUGGUUUAAUGCAGUAAAUUUUGAGAUAUCAUUGAUGAUGAAUAAUAAAAAAUAAAUGCUUUAAGGUAACGGUAUUUGUUUUAAAUUUAUUACUAACUAGCUAUUGCUCGCGGCUUCGCCCGCGUGAAGGUGUUUUCCGGGAUAAAAGUCUCACUAUAUAUUUUCCCGGGAAAAUAAAAAAAAAGUGAUUUUCCCGGGAAAAUAAAAAAAAAAUGCGAUUCGCGGUUAUUCUUACAGACAAAUAUGCUUGUUAUUUUUUUGAGAGACAAAUAAACUAAAUAUAUGGCAAUUUUCCUUUUUGGUGGUUAGCAAAAUUUAUAUUUCUAAAGGUUUCAUUUUAAUGAUUCACCCACAGUGUCAGUUAAACAAAUUCAAAAUUACAAAUCGCUCAUACACUUUUAAGUUCUUACCCAAAUUUAUUUAUCUUUUCACAUAAAUAAUAUAGAAAGGAUUUCCGUUACUUCUCACAAAGAAAAAAAAACUUUGAAGUAAACUUAACGUGUAUAAGCGAUUUGAAGUUUGAAUCAUUAAUAUAGAAUGAAUUCAAAGAGAAACCGAAUACAUGAAAGAAAUAUUAAACAAAAUAAUAUAAAAAAGAGCGAAUCAAUAAAUAAAAAAAGCGAUUCAUUUUCCUACGUUAACAAAUAUCAUUUUCAUAUUUUUUUACUAUGUUACCAUCGAUACAAUUUAAUAUAAGGCAAAAUUAAUAAAAUUAUCGGUUGAUUGAUUAUAUUUAGCUUAAAGCAUUGUAUAAUACCAAUAUAUAAUAUAUUUUUUACAUUAA